CAGGCGAUUCGCUCGGUAAAACAUGGCGGCCCCCGAUUGCAGAAGUGUGAAGUUGUCCAAAGGACAGAAAAAACUGCUGAGAAAGCAGGCGAAAGCGCAACACAUCCUCCUGAAGCAAGAUGGCAUUGCAACUGUGUCUAUACCGACGAAACACUUGGUUAUAGCCAAUGGUGGUCUGGGCAAUGGUGUCAGCCGGGAGCAGCUGAAUGUGGUAUUACAGAAAUUUGGAACAGUCGAGACCCUUCUAAUGCUCCCUCAUAAACCACAUGCAUUUGUAACAUAUACUGCAAUUCAGGAAGCCAAGGAGGCAUACAGUGCUCUUAACGGACAAAACCUAAAGAGUAGUGAAAAUACAAAACUUGCUACUUUAUAUCUAAACUUUGUGGAGGAUGUUGUUAGUGAAGAUGUUUUUCAUUCAAGCCUACCGCCAGGCCUUCUGGUGAUUGAAGACUUUAUUUCUGCUGAAUAUGAGAAGAGGCUUUUGGUAUUUGCAGAUGAAAGCUCAAAUGCAACAAUGGAAAAUGCCCAGAAAUCUCUGAAACAUCGAAGAGUGAAGCAUUAUGGUUAUGAAUUCCGUUAUGACAACAACAAUGUAGACAAAGAUAAGCCCCUACCUGGAGGUCUUCCUGAGAUUUGCAGUGAAGUUUUGGAGCAAUCCAUGACAGAAGGAUACAUAAAAUUUAAACCUGAUCAACUCACCAUUAAUCAAUAUGAGCCUGGACAAGGAAUUCCUCCCCACAUUGACACUCAUUCAGCAUUUGAGGAUGGGAUCAUUUGUCUGAGCCUAGGAGCGGAGACCGUGAUGGAUUUUAAGCAUCCGAAUGGCCAUAGUGUUGCAGUGAUGUUGCCUCGGUGUAGUCUGCUGGUAAUGACUGGUGAAUCCAGAUACCUUUGGAGUCAUGGAAUUACCCCUAGGAAGUUUGAUGUAGUGUCAGCAUCAGAGAUACAAAAGACUUGUACCAUCACUGAAGACAUCAGUAACUUGACCUUAAACAAAAGGGGAGCAAGGACAAGUUUUACUUUUCGAAAAGUCAGGACAACAUUGUGUGAUUGUGCUUACCCAGAAGUCUGUGACAGUCAGAGUACUCGGAAGUGCAAGGAUACCCCAACAUUGGUGCCAAAUAGUGAUGGGGAUGCCUCCAAGCUGGAGCACAAAUAUGUACAUGAUGUCUAUGAUGAGAUUGCUGGUCACUUCAGCAGUACCAGACACACCCCGUGGCCUAAAGUGACUGAAUUCCUGAAAGCACUACCAGCUGGAGCCUUUGUGGCUGAUGUUGGUUGCGGAAAUGGCAAAUAUCUAGGUGUGAACAAGGACCUGUUCAUGGUGGGUUGUGAUCACAGCAAAAGUCUUGCUCAUAUUUGCAGAGAGAGAAAUUUUGAGGUCUUCAUCUGUGAUGGCUUGCUUGUGCCCCUGCGCGGUGGUGUUUGUGAUGCCUGUAUAUCUAUAGCUGUUGUUCAUCACUUUUCAACAGAGGGAAGACGACUGUCAGCCAUCAAAGAGAUUGUAAGGCUUCUACGACCAGGAGGAAAGGGACUGAUUUAUGUUUGGGCAAUGGAACAGGAACGUGACAAUAUAAAAUCUAAAUACCUCAUGGAAAGAAAAAAAACAAACAAAAGACAAAAUUGCACCACAAUGCCAAUAGUGAAUGAAGACCAAGAUACGAAUCGGGUGGAUUUAGCUCAUUUCAGUCAGUUGGAAGAUCAUAAUAAAGACAUAGAGAAUGAACAAAACUGUGCAAAACUGCCUGUUCACACAAAUAGAACCUCUUUUGAGUCACAAGAUCUACUUGUUCCUUGGCAUUUGAAAGCUGGAGUUAAAGUGGAUAGUGCCUCGUCAUUGCCCCCUACUGGGCCCAAAAACAUUACAGUUUUCCAUCGUUACUAUCAUGUUUUUUCUGCUGGAGAAUUAGAAAACCUUUGUAGUUGUAUACCUAAUACGAGAAUUGUAGAGAGUUAUUAUGAUCAAGGGAAUUGGUGUGUGAUCAUUGAAAAACACUAAAAUAUACUAAAAAAACUAUUAUGUACUUGUAAUCCCAUAUGUACGUUUUAUUUAUAAACUUGUUCACAUAUGGAAAUAUAUUGUAAUAGGAUCAUGUAUUUUAAAAAGCUUCAUAAA